UGUUCCAUGUAAACGAAGCUUCUAGGUUAUUACGAGUCAAUUUUUAUUUGCAAAAAACUAAUAAUAAACAGUUUUAUUUUUUAUUAUUAUUGAUUUUAAAUAAAAUGGGUGAAGAAAAAACAUCAAAUACCCAAGAAUUCAAGUUGGAUCCAGACUGUGAGCUUCGAUUCGAGAUAGAACAAAAAAAUGACAAGGUUACGCUAGAGUUGAAAACGGGAUUCGCAGAAGUCUUUGGUACCGAGUUGGUUAAAGGCAAAAAGUACGAGUUUGGUAGUGGUGCAAAAGUUGCAGUUUUCACUUGGCAAGGAUGUACAGUAGAAUUAGUGGGCAAAACCGACGUCAGUUACAUAGCCAGAGAAACUCCAAUGGGUUUAUAUCUCAAUUGUCAUGCAGCUAUGGAAAGAAUGAGAGAAGCGGCAGAAAAAGAAGAUGGAAGAGGUCCGAUUACAAUGAUUGUUGGUCCGAAUGAUGUUGGAAAGUCGACUGUUUGCAGAAUACUUCUCAAUUAUGCAGUAAGAAUGGGACGAAGACCAAUAUUUGUUGAUUUAGAUGUUGGCCAAGGACACAUAGCAAUUCCAGGGACUGUUGGAGCACUCUUAGUAGAAAGACCAUCAAAUGUUGUGGAUGGUUUCAGUCAACAAGCUCCACUGGUAUUUCAUUUUGGAUACAAAACUCCUAAUGCCAAUAUUGCCUUAUAUAAUCUUCUCGUUUCCCGCUUAGCAGAAGUGUGUUCUGAACGUUUACAAGCGAAUAAGAAAGCCAAAGUAUCGGGUAUUGUAAUAAAUACAUGUGGAUGGGUUAAAGGUGGUGGAUAUAGAUUAUUAGCUCAUGCAGCGCAAGCAUUUGAAGUUGACGCUAUUUUAGUAUUAGAUCACGAGAGACUUUAUAAUGAACUUGUGAGAGACAUGCCAGACUUUGUUAAAGUAGUGUUUCUACCUAAAAGUGGUGGAGUUGUAGAACGGAGUCAAGCACAGAGAACUGAAGCAAGGGAUCAGAGAGUACGAGAGUAUUUUUAUGGAUCUCGAACAGCACUUUAUCCACACAGUUUUGAAGUGAAAUGGAGCGAAGCAAGGAUUUACAAGAUUGGAGCACCAGUUUUACCAGCUUCAUGUAUGCCUUUGGGCAUGAAAGCUGAAGAUAACUUAACUAAACUAGUUGCAGUUACUCCUGGACCAAGUUUACUUCAUCAUUUACUAUCUGUGUCGUUUGCUGAUUCGCCGGAAGAUGAUGUAGUUCAGACCAAUGUUGCAGGAUUCGUUUGUGUAACCAAUGUUGAUGUUGAUCGUCAAACCAUCACAGUACUUAGCCCUCAACCACGUCCAUUGCCAAACACUGUUUUACUUCUCUCAGACAUACAAUUUAUGGACAGUCAUUAACUACAAAAGUACAAUAUCAUUACAACUCUUG